GGGAUACGGCGAGGGAGGAAGGCGGCAGGCGGCCGGUCGUCUCCCUCAUCUUCCCUCCGACAAGAUGGCGGCGGCGCUGGCGAUGGUGGCACUAGCGGCUUUGUGUCCGUUCAGCGCCUGAGCUCGGUUCCGGCCUGGCCGGGGAUACCGAGCAGCGGCGACAUGACCGCGGAGCCCAUGAGAGUGAGCUUGAAGCCUUGAAAAAUCAACAAGGCUUGAUUACUCAGACUAGCAGUGUCAACACCAGUGCCCUUCAGGCAACUUAUUUGUUGUGGAAAGAAGUUUACCGCUAUUGUCUUUACCCUUGGUGGUGUUGAUGCUGACUGGGUCAUUGCAAAAAACUGAUGGACCGCUCUUGGGCCAAGACCCACAACUAACUUGUCUAUGGAGUUUCUGCUAGAGAAUUGUCUGUCUUCUGAAGGAAUCACCAGCCAUCUUUAGUUGCAGAAGCCAUGGAAGUUUUAAUCUCACCUUCAUCCCUUAUUUCCGCAUAAAUGAAAUACAGACCAACCUUUAGAGUUUAAUGUGAGGAAACAGUAACCUGGGACCCUUUGCCGGACCUAUUUGGCUGUCGCUAGUCCAUGACAAAGAUAUUUGGCAACGUCCUAGGGAGGCCUUCAUUCAAAAUGAGUGAAAGCAAGUUGAAUACGUUGGUGCAGAAGCUUCAUGACUUUUUGGCUCACUCAUCCGAAGAAUCUGAGGACGCAAACUCGCCUCCAAGACUAUCUAUGAGCAAAAGUAUAGGUAAAAGUAGUGGACCUGAAAAUAGUCCAACUCCAAUGGAAAACAACAGGGAAGAGGGCAAUAGUUCUUCAGAAAGAUCCAAAUCUUUAGGAUCAUCACGUUCAAAAAGGAAACCUACAGUUGUAACAAAGUAUGUUGGAUCAGAUGAUGAACAAACCUUACCUGAAACUGUAAAUGAAGAUGUUUCAAAUGAAAACUCAGAAAACGAUGUUGAUAUGAAAAGCUUACCUAAAGGUACAGUGGUUGUACAACCAGAGCCAGUGCUGAAUGAAGACAAAGAUGAUUUUAAAGGGCCUGAAUUUAGAAGCAGAAAUAUCGUUAAAAUGAAACCUGAAGCUCCCAAAAAGCGUGGAGAGGAAGGACUGCAUGGAAUUGUAAGCUGUACAGCCUGUGGGCAACAGGUGAACCAUUUUCAAAAGGAUUCAAUCUAUAGACAUCCUACACUGAAAGUCCUUAUCUGUAAGACUUGCUACAAAUAUUAUAUGAGUGAUGACAUUAGCCGUGAUACAGAUGGAAUGGAUGAACAGUGUAGAUGGUGUGCUGAAGGUGGAAAUUUAAUUUGCUGCGACUUUUGCCAUAAUGCCUUCUGCAAAAAGUGCAUUUUGCGCAACCUGGGCCGAAAGGAGCUGUCAGCCAUAAUGGAUGAAAAUAACCAAUGGCAUUGCUACAUUUGCCAGCCAGAACCUUUGUUGGACUUGGUCACUGCAUGUGACAGUGUUUUUGAAAAUUUAGAACAGUUAUUGCAACAAAACAAGAAGAAGAUCAGAGUUGAGAGUGAAAAAAGUAAAAUAUAUGAUCACACACUCAAAUUUUCUCCAAAGAGAAAUAUUUCAAAUUGUAAUGGAGAAGAAAAGAAAUUAGAUGACUCAUAUUCUGGUUCUUUAACCUAUUCGUAUAAAGCACUAAUGGUGCCAAAAGACAUGCUUAAAAAGACAAAAAAACUGGUUGAGACCACAACUAAUAUGAACGCUAGUUUUGUAAGUUUUUUGAAAACGGCAGCAGAAAAUGCAGAAGUAAACUCUAUCAUACAGCUUCGUCAGCUGAAAGCUUUUAAAUCUGUUUUGAGUGACAUAAAAAAAGCUCAUUUAGCAUUAGAGGAAGGUCUGAAUCAAGAGAUUCAAGCUUUGGAUGUUAAAAUCAAAGAGAAGAAUACCAAAGAGAAAAAAAUUGAUAUUAAACUAGAAAAAAAUGAUGUGAAGAGAGAUGAAGGAAAGGAACAUGCAGAGUUGAAAGAGAACACUGUAAAGUCAGUGAAAAAACCUGUGUCAGAACAGCCUGAGAAUGAGUCCAUGGACCAAAACGUUCCAGCAACACAACAAACAGAAAGCAAGAAUACUAGCAGUGAAGAGAAAAAAUCUGAGACAAAUGAAGAGCCUCAGUAUGAACCUAAUAGUACUGAGGCUUUGGACAUGGAUAUUGUGUCUGUUCCUUCAUCAGUCCCUGAAGAUAUUUUUGAGACUCUAGAAUCGGCUAUGGAAACUCAGAGUGCAGCAGAUGAACAGGGCAAUGGAAGUACAGCAACAGAGCUGGAGACAGUAAAUAUGAAUAUAAAAUGUACUACAGCUUCAAAAGACAUUAAAGGAGGUACCAAGUUAAAAGGAUCAGCUAAAGUAAGAAAAGAAUUGUUUGUAAAACUGACUCCUGUUUCCCUAUCUGAUUCUCCAGUUAAAGCUGAAGAUCAAGACAGUAAUCCAGUAAAGGGAGAUCAGAAUGCUGAUAUAAUACCCAAGGCAGAAAACUGUGAUUCUGGAAAAGAAAAUCAUUACAUUGGUAAUGAACACUCACCUGAAAAUGAAACUGUCCCCUUGGUAGAGGAAUCUGAUCUCAGGAGGUCUCCACGUGUGAAGACUACACCUCUGAGGCGUCAAACAGACAUGAAUCCUUCAACAUCUAAUUCAGAAGAGGACAGCAAUGACACAUACUGCGAGAAGCACAAGCAAAAAUCAUCAACCCAGUCACGGAGAAAAAAAGAUAAAAGAAAUUCUUCUGACAGUACUACUGAUCAUCCUAAACCUAAUAAGCUUUCUAAAUCAAAAAAAUCAGACAUAUUGGACCAAAGUUCAGAUUCAGAUGAGAUGCCAGCAGUCCUUAAAGAAGUAGCCAUGCUGAGUCAUAGUUCCUCAGAUAUUGAUAGCAAUAGUGAGACAUCCAAUAAUAUUCAGAAGAAUGCUUUAAAUGAUCUAACAAAACAACCAGUGAAGUAUGAGAAUGGAAAGCGCAAAAGAAAAAGCUCCACUUCUGGUUCAGAUUUAGUUGCCAAAAAAGGCAAAUCAACUAAAGGCUCCACUUGUGCAAAAAAGAAACGACAGAACCCUUCAGAGUCUUCAAAUUAUGACUCAGAGUUAGAAAGAGAGAUAAAGAGUUUGAGUAAAAUAGAGUCGGCAAAAAAAGCCAAAAAGAAAUACCCUAGAAAAGAAGAGAAUUAUGAUUCUUCUUCUGAAGAACAGAAUAAAAAAGGAUCUACUAGUAAGAAAAAAAUAAUAAAUUUGAAGAAACAGCAGGUUGAAUCAUCUGAUGAUGCUGAGAAGUCAUCCCUAGAGAAAGAGGAGACUAAUCAUUCUUCUGAAGAUAAAAAAAUUAGAAAGGGGACAGCAGUCAAUGAAAAGAAAAACAGAGAUUUAAAAGAAAGAACUUCGAAGGGGAAGCAUGAUGGAUCAUCUGAUACUGAGAAAUCAUCCCUGGAGAAGGAGGAGAGUUGCCAUUCUUCUGAUGGUAAAAAGAGAGCAGAAGCAAAAGAAAAGAAAAACAGAAAUUUGAAAAAGAGAAAGGUACAGAAUGAUUCAUCUUUGGACGGAACUGAGAAAUCUGCAGAGAAGGAGCAGAGUUGUGAUUCUUCGGAAGACAAAACCAAGAAUAAAAAAGGAACAGAAGGUAAAGAAAACUUGAAAAAGAAAAAUAAGAAAGAACAAGAUGGUGGUUCUUCUGAUGGAGAUAAAUCAUCCCCAGAGAAAAAAAGUUGCAUUUCCUCUGAAAAUAAGAGUAAAAAUGAAAUGGCAGUUGAGGAAAAGAGAGAGAGAAAUUUGAGAGAGAGAACACUGAAGAAGUUGCAGAAUGAUUCAUCUUCAGAUGCUGAGAAGUCCCCAAAGAAAGAGGAGAGUUCGUCUGAAGAUGUUAAACAGAAUAAAAAACGAAUAGAAGCUAAAGAAAAGAAAAAAGUAAGCCACAAAAAGAAAACUUCCGAAAAAGAACAGAAUGACUCAUUGUCCUCUUCUGAUGAGGGGCCUUACGAAGACAAUAAAAAAAAGAGUAAAAAGAGUUCCAUGAAGGAGAAUAAAAAGGGUAACUUAAAAGUGGAAAAAAGAAUUUCUAAAAAACAGAAGGAUGACAUCAGCUGUUCCUCCUCAUCAGAUGAGGAAGAAAAUGAUGACCAGAAUUCAGCAGGCGAUGGAAGCAGUGAUGAGCAGAAGAUUAAGCCAGUGACUGAAAGCUUAAUACUGUCCUCCAACACAGGAUUUUGUCAGUCUUCAGGGGAUGAAGGAGAGACUAAAUCGGGUGCUGUUCCAGUGGAGGAGGAGGAGGAGGAGGAUGACGAUCCUGAGAAUAGAAUUGCCAAGAAAAUGCUUUUAGAAGAAAUCAAAGCCAAUCUUUCCUCUGAUGAGGAUGCAUCUUCAGAUGAAGAAUCAGAUGAAGGAAAAAAGAAAACAGGAAAGAAAAAUGAAAACGCAGAAGAUGACGAGGAGAAUGAAAAGGAAGAUAAUUCUGAAUCUGAUUCAGAUGAUGAAGAGUCUAAGAAGCCUAGAUAUAGACACAGACUGCUGAGACACAAGCUAAGUAUGAGUGAUGGAGAAUCUGAGGAAGAAAGAAAAGGAAAAUCUAAAGACACAAAAGAAGGCAAACGCAGAAAUAGAAGGAAAGUAAGCAGUGAUGAUUCAGAUGACUCAGAAUUUCAUGAAUCUGGAGUUAGUGAAGAAGUCAGUGAAUCUGAAGAUGAGCAACGUCCUAGAACAAGAUCUGCUAAGAAAGCUGAGGCAGAAGAAAAUCAGCGCAGUUACAAGCAGAAAAAGAAAAGACGACGCAUAAAAGUUCAGGAGGAUUCUUCUAGCGAAAACAAUAACAAGAGUAAUUCUGAGGAUGAAGAUGACAAUGAUUCAAAAUCUCCUGGAAAAGGCCGGAAAAAAAUACGAAAGAUUCUUAAAGAUGAUAAGCUUAGAACAGAAACACAAAAUGCACUGAAAGAGGAGGAAGAGAGAAGAAAACGUAUUGCAGAAAGAGAGAGAGAGAGAGAGAAAUUAAGAGAGGUGAUAGAAAUAGAAGAUGCUUCACCUCUAAAGUGUCCGAUCACAACUAAACUGGUUUUAGAUGAAGAUGAAGAAACCAAAGAACCUAUAGUACAGGUUCACAGAAACAUAGUUACUAAACUGAAACCACAUCAAGUAGACGGUGUUCAGUUCAUGUGGGAUUGCUGUUGUGAAUCUGUGAAAAAAACAAAGAAAUCUGCAGGUUCCGGAUGCAUUCUUGCCCAUUGCAUGGGUCUAGGAAAAACAUUGCAGGUAGUAAGUUUUCUCCAUACAGUUCUGUUGUGUGAUAAACUGGAUUUCAGCACUGCUCUCGUGGUCUGUCCACUGAACACUGCCUUGAACUGGCUGAAUGAGUUUGAAAAAUGGCAAGAAGGUUUAGAAGAUGAUGAGAAACUAGAGGUCUCUGAACUAGCAACUGUAAAACGCCCUCAAGAAAGAUCCUAUAUGCUGCAGCGUUGGCAGGAAGAUGGGGGAGUUAUGAUCAUAGGCUAUGAGAUGUACCGUAAUCUUGCACAAGGCAGGAAUGUCAAAAGUAGAAAACUUAAGGAAAUAUUUAACAAGGCUCUGGUUGAUCCAGGCCCUGACUUUGUUAUAUGUGAUGAAGGGCACAUAUUAAAAAAUGAAGCAUCUGCUGUUUCUAAGGCUAUGAAUUCUAUUCGAUCCAGGAGGAGGAUAAUUCUUACAGGAACACCACUGCAGAAUAAUCUUAUAGAAUAUCAUUGCAUGGUUAAUUUUAUCAAGGAAAAUUUGCUUGGAUCAAUUAAGGAAUUCAGAAAUCGGUUUAUAAAUCCAAUCCAGAAUGGUCAGUGUGCAGACUCCACCAUGGUAGAUGUUAGGGUAAUGAAGAAGCGUGCCCACAUACUGUAUGAGAUGCUAGCGGGAUGUGUUCAGAGGAAAGAUUACACAGCAUUAACAAAGUUCCUGCCACCAAAAUACGAAUACGUUCUAGCCGUUAGAAUGACGUCUAUUCAGUGUAAGCUGUAUCAGUACUACUUGGAUCACUUGACAGGUGUAGGUAGUGGCAGUGAAGGUGGAAGAGGCAAAGCUGGAGCUAAGCUUUUCCAGGACUUCCAGAUGUUAAGCAGAAUCUGGACUCACCCUUGGUGUUUGCAGCUGGACUAUAUUAGUAAAGAAAAUAAGGGCUACUUUGAUGAAGACAGUUUGGAUGAGUUCAUAGCUUCAGAUUCAGAUGAAACUUCAAUGAGUUUAAGCUCUGAUGAUUAUGCUAAGAAAAAAAAAUCCAAGGGGAAAAAAGCAAAGAAAGAGAGUAGCUCAAGUGGAAGUGGAAGUGAUAAUGAUGUUGAAGUGAUUAAAGUCUGGAAUUCAAGAUCUCGUGGGGGUGGAGAAGGAAAUGUAGAGGAACUUGCAAACAACCCUCCAUUGGCUGUAAAGUCAGAUGAAGGUAAGUGUAAUGCACAAGUAAACCAGGAUAUCAUGCUGCAUCAUUCUGAAAAAAGGUGAUCUUGACAAGGCUGGGAAUUAGUGCAGUCCUUGCUUAUACUAUGCCUGGUUACAGCUGAUAAGUCCUCAGUUCAAUAAAGCCAUUCUCCCCACCAAUUCCCCUCCCCCAAAACAAACCCUAAUAUAGAUACACUUGUAAUGAUAUAUCUUUUAGAAAACAACGGGCAAAUCAGCCUAAGGUGAGUUUGUGUUGUGACAGAGCAACUAACAAAUAAUUGUUUUUUUUUCUUUUAUUUUUGAGCAAAAUACCCAUUCUUGUAAAACUUAAGAUCGAUUCAGAGUAGAAUUCAGAGGUGAACGGUGCUGUUGGAUGAUAGAGAAAUGUGAUACUUUUCACCUUCUUCUAAAUGGGAUCUGUGAGGAAAUGUGAACAGAAAGAUUAGUGACAACAAUAUUCUACAUAAUUCAUUGAUGCAUCUGGAAUUUUAUUUGGAUGUUGAGCUAGCAGAUGGCUGAAUAGAGCUAGAAUAAGGUGGCUGUUUUGAGAUUGUUGUUCAGCCUGCAUACAUCUGUAAACUUCACUUUCAAAUAGUUUUUAAAUAAUCUUGUUUUCUGUUUCUGCUGAGUGAUGGGAAUCAUUUGUAAGUAAAUCUUUUAUAUAUAGAUAAUAUAUAUAGGAAUAUAUUACCAGCAUUAAUUUAUAAUAAUAAAAAGGAGAUUAAUCUGUCAUACCAUUUCUUACUAAUCACAAAUCACUCCAGUGUUAGUGGAUAAUAUUAAAGAUUCUAUUAUCCAUGACCUCAUCUAACUUCAUAUACGUAGUUUUAAAAUGGAUGCUUGGUACAGUGUGAGUUCGAGGAGGCUUUGCCCUGGUUCCAUCUUGCUUCAGAUAUAAAAGGUCUACCUGCACUGUAGACUGCUGUGAGUGUGUCUCCUGUGUGCAAAUUCUGGAAUGAGAUUAAGAUGGGAAUAGAUAUGAUCCCAUCGUACAUAUAAGUAUAGACUUGUCCCCUUGCACAUACAAGUAUCAUUUUGAACUAAGUGGCUCAUUCACUGGCAUUUGACUCAUCUGGAUUUAUUGGUGGAUCUUGGAUUGUGUCUCGGGUCUUGUCUGAAAGGAUGGGAUUCAGUAACAUAAGGGAUGAAGGCUGCCUUCCUUUCCUGUCUCCACUUCUCUUCCCACACAGGAUCUUGCUGAUUUCUUCCAAGAAAAAGUUGAUAAAAUACAAUGUGACCUUCCUCUGCUAGGCUUGACUUCUCUUCUCUUCCUAUAGUUCUCUCCUUCUCCUCUCUCAGAGACACAGAAGUUUCUCAUCUACUGUCCUCCUCAAAUUUCCCAGUGACCCCAUGCUCUCCCAUCUCCUGCUCACCUACCCACGUUCUCAUCCAUUUCCUUACUCUUCUCCAAUACUCUGACUCUCUUCUUUUUUUUCCUCUCACAAUUCAAGCAUACUUCAGUUUCUCUCAUCUUAAAAAACACACCUUUGAUCCAUUUGCCUCUCCCAACUACUGCCCCCUUCCCUUCUUCCUUUCAUCUCUGAGUUCUUGAAUGUGCUGUCUACAGCCAGUGUCUGGGGUUCUUCUCCAGUCUAUCUUUUGACCCUUGCAUUCCACUGAAACCACUCUUACCAAAGUCUCCCUAAUGACCUCUUUCCAGCCGAAGUGCUGAACUAAUACUCCAUCCUUGUCCUCCUUGAACUGUGAGCUGAUUUUGACACUAUUGACCGUGUUCUUCUUGAAAUCUUAUCUUCCCUUGGCUUCCAUGACACUAACCUUUCAUAGUUCUCCUCCUUCUCUGAU